UAAUCCCAACGACUGACGUUUACCCUUAAUAUAUAAAUAUUUUUUUCCUACGUGUUUAAACUAAUUUUAUUAUUAAAUCUUAUAAUGUUACAGUUUGCAAAAUUUCAGUGAUAAAAAAAAUAAAGCAGAUGGAUAUAAAUAACUUACUUAUAUUUUUCCUGGUGUUUUCGCUAAAUGGGAGGAUAUCAGCAGAUUUGCAGGGACCACCAAGGCCAACUGAUGUUCCUGAACUUGUAGAACAAGUAACUCCCGAACCACAAGAAACUUCAAAAGAACCUGCUGGUACGGCAAGCCCAACAGAAAGUUCAAUAAGAAAAUCAGCGCCAUUUCUCGCAGAUAAAAUAGAUAAAAAUGCAUUAGACACUAGUAUGGAAGAAGUUUCAAAAGCUUUAAAGGCUGCAUUAUUCGAAAGAGUGUGGAACGAGAACCUUAUGAGACAAAAGUUGACUGAUCAAAUUAAAACCAUAGAAUCACGCAAAGAAAUAGUAGAUCCAAUAGAUCCAACACCUGAACAAAUUGAAGCUCAUACGCUAUAUGAACUAGCAAUGGGAAUGCUGGCUAAACCGCGUUCUAAUAAAGAUGAAGCGUACAAAAUAAUGAAGAAAGCAGCUGAUAUGAAACAUGCUCAGGCACGAGCAACUAUGGCGUGGGCUGCGGUACUUGGUCACUGGAAGGAUUUUAAUUUUGAAUAUGCUGCAUCAGAAUUUGACGAAUUGGUUCUUGAAGGAUUACCUGAUGCUAACAUGGGUCUUGCAUUUCUCUACUCUGUUGGUGUUGGAGGAAAAAAUGUUAGCCAACCAAAAGCGCUAAUACAUCUAACACUAGCAGCACUUGGCGGUCAUACUUUUGCUCAAAUGGCAUUAGGCUAUCGUUAUUCCUAUGGCAUUAACGUACCAAUGAGUUGUGAAAAGUCAUUAAACUAUUAUAAAAAGGUAGCGAAAAAAGUGGCAUCUAAGGUGACUUUUUCAAAUGGUCCUAUAGUCCACCGCGUGCGGUUACUGGACGAAUCUGAAAAUCCAGGUAGUCAUGAAAAUGAUAUUGUUGAUUAUUACCAACUACUUGCUGAAAAAGGUGAUGUGCAGUCCCAAGUCGGUUUAGGUCAACUAUAUUAUCAAGGUGGUAAAGCCAUACAACAAGAUCAUCAAAAAGCUUUGGAGUAUUUUACACAGGCGGCUAAAGCUGGUAACGCAAUCGGCUAUGCAUUUUUAGGUAAAUUGUAUUUAGAAGGUAAUGAGUACAUAAAGGCCGAUAAUGAAACUGCUUUGAAGUACUUUAAAGAAGCUGCAGAGCUGGGAGAUCCUGUUGGUCAAAGUGGACUAGGUUUAAUGUAUUUGAAGGGUUUAGGGGUAGAAAAGAAUCCCAUGAAAGCAUUAAAUUAUUUUACUCAAGCGGCAGAUCAGGGCUGGGUAGACGGUCAACUACAGUUAGGAAAUAUGUAUUUUACCGGUAAUGGAGUAAAAACUGAUUAUAAGCUAGCUCUAAAAUACUUUAAUUUGGCAUCACAAUCUGGACAUGUGUUAGCUUAUUUUAAUUUGGGUAUUAUGCAUGCUUAUGGCUUGGGCAUGCUACGAUCGUGUCCAGCUGCAGUUGAGUUCUUUAAAAAUGUUGCUGAACGUGGACGUUGGAGUUCAAUGUUGAUGGAUGCUUAUAACAAUUAUAAGAAUUAUAGAAUUAACGAAGCCUAUAUGCAGUAUGGAUUACUUUCAGAAAUUGGUUACGAGGUUGCACAAAGCAAUGCUGGCUAUUUGCUUGACCGCAGCGAUGUUACGAUUUUCCAUAAUCGUCACGAGGAAUUGAUUCGCGCAUUCUAUUAUUGGAAACGUGCUGCUGCUCAGGGAUAUUCCAAUGCACAAGUUAAACUAGGCGAUUACUAUUAUUAUGGCUUGGGUACUGAAGUGGAUUUUGAAACUGCUGCAGUUUUAUACAGAAAAGCUUCAGAACAAUUUUACAACGCUCAAGCCAUGUUUAAUCUUGGCUACAUGCAUGAACAAGGAUUGGGUAUGAAAAAAGACUGGCAUUUAGCUAAACGGCUUUAUGAUUUGGCAGCUGAAACAAAUGCAGAUGCAAAAGUUCCAGUAGCUAUUGCACUAUUAAAACUGCAAGUUCUAGCUAAAAUUGAGGCAAUAAAAGAGAGUCCUUAUAGAUUUAUAUUUUACUUGGAUGAAAACAUAGCAGCGAAUUGGGAUCUAUAUAUGAUUACAAUUUUAACUCUGUUGUUGGGUUUUAUAAUGUACACUAGACGUCCAUAUCAACAGCAGCAACCGCAACAACAACAACAGCAACAAGAACAACAACAACAGCAACCGCAGCAGCAGCACAAUGAACAAUUACAACAACAAUCAACUCAAGUAAAUACUGCUGUAGACUCUGGUGCACAGUCACCACACGUACGCCCUAAUAUCACAACUGAAUCUGAUAAAAGCAGCUUAGAUAACAAAUCAGAAGAGGAACCUUGUUCUUCUAAAUCUGUAUCAAAUGAUAACUCAGUGAAAAAAAAAUUAAAAGCAACAGGGAAAACAACGUCAAUAUCGACAGCAGCAAACAUAUCAACUGCUGACCCAACUGAAUAAUCUUAGAAGAUUGAUAACUUAUUAUUAAUAUAAAUUAGUCAGUGUGUGUGUAUAUAUUUUUGAAAGUGAAAAUCAAAAUUCAGUAUCAUUAGUUGAACGCCAGUCGGAUAAUUUAAAUUUUGAUUUUCUAUCAUACAUAAAAAUGUUUACAAAACUUUUGUAUUUGCUUUUAUAAAUGUAAAAAAACGAAAAUAUGUCAAAAAUUUCAUUUUUAUAUACAUUGUGAUAAUUUACUCAAUCAGAUAGAUUCAUCUGUGACUAGCAGUUCAUUUUAUUAGUAAUAAUAAAACGUAGUUUCCAUUGUUUCUUUUUAUUUUUGCUUACAUUUAUUAAGAGUUGAAACAUUUUAAAUUUUUUAUGGAUAUGAUUAAAUUAUUUGAUUUAAAACAAUAAAAACUAAAUUAUAUAUAAAAUAAUUGCAAUUUAUAGUAUUGUAAUAUAUUAAGUUAGCAACUACCAUAUAAUAUUUAUAUAUUUUUAAGGUCAUAUUUAAUUAGCGAGCUGAUGCAAAA